CGAAACACAACAUUACUGAACUGCCUUUGCCCUAACGGCCGCAACUGGAUUCGGGGCGCAAGUUAACAUGGGAGCAAGUUCAACCGUAACACCGGCCUGUGAUUAGUAAAGAUGUCGCCGCCCAUGUUUGAAUUUAUUGAAGCUAAAGACAAGCUCACGGAAUCCACCAAGCAGGCGCUGGGCGACAAAAGCAGCAAAGCAAUAAUACAAGCUUUUUAUCAGAUCCCAGGAAAUGAGACUGAAAAGAAGACCACACUGGACCAGGCUUUUCGGGUGGUCCUCGGGGAGCAGAUUGUGGACAAUGCGUCCAGUUGUGAGGCCUACUUGUCUCUUAUCUACAUGAGCAUCGAUGCAGUCACUGAAGGUAUCUGCUCUGCGACUACGCCUUUCGUGCUCCUGGGGGAUGUGCUGGACAGUCUUCCUCUGGAUCAGUGUGACAACAUCUUCACCUUUGUGGAGGAGAACGUUUCCACGUGGAAAUCUAACUCAUUCUACACAGCUGGUAAGAACUACUUGUUGAGGAUGUGUAAUGAUCUUCUGCGGCGUCUGUCCAAGUCCCAGAACACAGUAUUCUGUGGACGGAUACAACUCUUCUUGGCUCGUCUCUUCCCGCUGUCAGAAAAAUCCGGUCUGAAUCUCCAGAGUCAGUUCAACCUGGACAACAUCACAGUGUUCAACAAAAAUGAAGACGAAAGCACCUUUACACUCAAGCAUGAGAAGGAGGAUGGAAUGGAGGUGGAGGAAGGGGAAAUGGGCGAGGAAGAAGCACCUGCGUCAUGCUCCAUCCCCAUCGACUACAACCUGUACAGAAAGUUCUGGACGCUGCAGGACUACUUCCGCAACCCGGUGCAGUGCUACGACAAAGUUUCCUGGAUGACCUUCCUCAAGUACUCGGACGAAACGCUGGCCGUGUUCAAGAGCUUCAAGCUGGACGACAUGCAGGCGUCCAAGAGGAAACUGGAAGAACUGCGGGCGUCUGGCGGCGAGCACGUCUAUUUUGCCAAGUUCCUCACCAGUGAAAAGCUGAUGGACUUGCAGCUGAGCGACAGCAACUUCCGCCGACACAUUCUGCUGCAGUACUUGAUCCUCUUCCAGUACCUGAAAGGACAAGUGAAAUUCAAAAGCUCCAGCUGCUUGCUAAACGACGACCAGUCUGCGUGGAUCGAAGAAACCACCAAGUUAGUUUACCAGCUUCUCAGAGAGAUUCCUCCAGAUGGGGACAAGUUCGCCACCAUGGUGGAACGUAUCCUCAACACUGAAGAAAACUGGAUAGCUUGGAAAAACGAAGGAUGUUCCAGCUUUGUCAAAGAGCGGCCGGUCGACGACAAACCCAAGCGACCCAGCAGGAAACGAGCGGCUCCAGAAGACUUCCUGGGGAAAGGUCCCGACAGAAAGAUCUUCAUGGGAAAUGAUGAGCUUACUCGCCUGUGGAACUUGAACUUGGACAACAUGGAAGCUUGCAAGUCAGAGAGCAGGGAGUUCAUGCCGUCGCUGGAUGAAUUCUUUGCUGAAGCCAUCGAGCAGGCCGACCCUGCCAACAUGGUGGAGGAAGAGUACAAGGUUGUUCGGAACCCCAACUACGGCUGGCGGGCUUUACGGCUGCUCUCCAGAAGAAGUCCACACUUUUUUCAGCCCACCAACCAGAAGUUUAACAGCCUGGCCGACUACUUAGACACCAUGGUCAGCAAGCUGGCCAAGGAGUUGCCUAAGGACAUCCCCUCGGAGGAGAUCAAGACGGGUGAGGAAGAGGAUGACGACGAAAAUGGAGACAAUCUGCUCAAAGACAGCAAUGACAGCCCGAGCAUGCCCAGCAAGAUGGUGAGCAACCAGCAGAUGGACGAUGUGGCGGCCAAGCUCGGCAACCGCUGGAAGUCACUGGCCUCGCACUUGGAGAUGCGGGCAGCUGAGCUUCGCGAGAUCGAGGCAGAGAGCGAGGACGCUGACAUCCGGGCCAAGCUGCUGCUGGUCACCUGGCAGGAUCGAGAAGGGGCGCAAGCCACAGUGGAGAGCCUGGUGGCGGCACUUAACGCCGCCGGCUUCGCCAAAAUGGCAGACGAACUCAGCGAGACUUGAACCAGCUUGACUUGUUUUUGUGUAGAAACGUUUUGUGUUUCUUAGUCACAUUAAACAUGCUUUUUGAUA